GGCGCUGCCAAUGGGCCAGACGAUGGCAGCUCUCUGGGAGUGAGGCUUUGCAGGAACUCCAGCCACUCUGUUCUCUCCGGGCUGCCGCAGAACUGGAGCGUUAGAUGGGACUAAGGUCAAGGCUGCCAGGGCUCAGCUGUGCUCAGAUGGCUGGGACAGAGACUCGACAGCGGAGGCCAGAGGAGCUGGGCCUGCCACUCACCCUCAGCACAGGAAGACUCCCUGCAGCCUCAGAAGGUGGACCGCUGAGUGUCCAUGAGAGCCAGAGGGUGGCCCCGAGACCACUGGGGACUGAGCUCAGCAGGGAGACCACCUUGUCCAUUGGCCUGCAGGUGACAGUGCCCUUCAUGUUUGCAGGCCUGGGACUGUCUGGGGCUGGCGUACUUUUGAGCUGUUUCCAGCACUGGCCCGUGUUCGUCGAGGUGAAAGACCUGUUGACCUUGGUGCCGCCCCUGGUGGGCCUGAAGGGGAACCUGGAAAUGACAUUGGCAUCACGACUCUCCACAGCUGCCAACACUGGACAAAUUGACGAGCCGCGGGAGCAGCACAGAGUCAUCUGCGGUAACCUCGCCCUCGUUCAGGUGCAGGCCACCAUUGUAGGGCUCCUGGCUGCUGUGGCUGCCCUGCUGCUGGGUGCUGUGUCUAGGGAGGAGUUAGACUUUGCGAAGAUGGAGUUGCUGUGUGCCAGCAGUGUCAUCACCGCCUUCCUUGCAGCCUUUGCCCUAGGGAUGCUCAUGGUCUGCAUAGUGAUUGGCGCUCGAAAGCUUGGGAUCAACCCAGACAACAUCGCUACACCCCUUGCAGCCAGCCUGGGAGACCUCGUCACAUUGUCCAUCCUGGCUUUCGUUAGCAGCUUCUUCUAUAAACACAGAGACAGUCGGCAUCUGACGCUGCUGGUCUGCAUCGGCUUCACGGCCUUGACCCCUGUGUGGGUCCUCAUUGCCAAGCAAAACCCACCCAUCGUGAAGAUUCUGAAGUUUGGGUGGUUCCCAAUCAUCCUAGCGAUGGUCAUCAGCAGUUUUGGAGGGCUCAUCUUGAACAAAACCAUUUCUAAACCGCAGUUCAAAGGCAUGGCUGUGUUUACUCCUAUCAUAUGUGGUGUUGGUGGCAAUCUGGUGGCCGUUCAGACCAGUCGGAUCUCCACCUACCUGCACACAUGGAGCACGCCUGGGGUCCUGCCCCUCGGGAUGAAAAAGUUCUGGCCUAACCCGUGCUCCACUUUCUGCACCUCAGAAAUCAAUUCCAUGUCAGCCCGAGUCCUGCUCUUUCUGGUGGUUCCAGGCCAUCUGAUUUUCUUCUGUGUCAUCUACCUGGUGGAAGGCCAUUCAGUCCCAAACAGCAAGACCUUUGUGGUGUUCUAUCUACUAGCAGGGCUGAUCCAGGUGACAAUCCUGCUGUACCUGGCAGAAGUGAUGGUUCGGCUGAUGUGGCACCAUGCCCUGGAUCCAGACAAUCACUGUAUUCCAUACCUCACAGGGCUGGGGGACCUCCUAGGGACUGGCCUCCUGGCACUCUGCUUUCUUGUCAGCUGGGUAUUGAGGAGCGAGGCAGAGCUAGUUGGCAUCUCCGAACCGGUGUCAGGACCUCCUCAAUGAGCCCAGGCAACCCCAGUUCAGUAGGAUUUCCCUCACACCAAUGGGGCACAGAAGGCAGGUUCUCCCUGGCCGCCCUGCUCUGCAGUGGCCCUUUGUCAGUCUGCUGAGGAGGCUCACACACACCUUCACGCUGCAGUUGGAACCUGAACCCGUGAUGGAGGCCUGAAAUCACGAGCAUUGUCUGUGAUUGUGUGUGUGACUGCGUGUGCCUGGGUGUGAGUGUGUGCCCACAUGCUGGGCGUGUGAAUUGGUGUGCACGUGUGUGGAGAGUGGGGCACUCCAGCCUGAAGAUGCUGAAGGAAGGAGGAUGUCCCGCGUGCUUUGGGGGAUGUGUUCGCACCGUUCGUGCCCGUGCAGCGGAACUGGAUUGGAGCGGGAAGGAGAGCAUUGUGUGUCCGAGCUUCAGGGCUCUGAGCCGUGGCUUUCCUGCUGUCUUCACUGGGCCCAGCGCCGCGGGCUGCUCUGCUGGUGCGCCCUGCAGGUGUGUGCAGCUCUGCCCGGAACGGGCCUCCGCAGCCGUUGUCUGCUCCCAGCAUUUAAUUUUGUCACUGCUUUUUUUUUUUUACUUUCUCUUUUCGCAAAAACCUCUGUUUAGAUUUUAAUGAUCAGAGAAGUAUAAAAUAAAACAUAGAUUGCAUUGUA